AAGUCUCAGAUUUCCCAUUUACGAUGUUGGGGUGGAUGUUUCUUGCGCUGCUGGCAGUGCCGGCGUCUACGACGUCUGUGGGUCGCAUCUUGCACUUCUCGGACGUGCACUUGAACAUCUCCGAGUCGUUCUCCGCAGCGGACAACGCUCGCAUCCCCAUCCGCUACUUCCAAGACGCGCCGUUAUCUCUGCUCGAGUCCGCGCUAUUGUAUGCCAAGGAGCACGUGGUGGCCGAUCCCGAGCUCUUCUUGUACACGGGAGACCACGCAGCCCACGGUCUCUUUACUGAUGAAUACAUUGCAAAUGCCGUCGAGACGAAUGUCCACGCCAUGGAGAAUUAUUACCCACCAAAGGGCAUGGAGGGGAGACUGGAGGCCACGGCCAUCAUUGGCAACGCAGACGGGAGUACGAAAUGCUAAACAUUUAUUAAUUAUUCUAAGAAGGAGGAGGUUGACACUGUUGAUGGCAGACCCGGACUAUCACAUGGAGGUGACGGACCCAGAAACCGAGUCGAACCCGUCAAUUGAGCUCAUCUCGAACGUCUGGGAGGACUCACUGACUGCGGCUAAUAUGGAUCUGCUAAAUCGACGUGGAUACUUGAGCUAUCCACUUGACGACAAGUUACACGUGAUCACGCUGAAUACAGUCCCCUACUCGCCAAGUCAUUUGCCGGACACGUCAAAGCAGCCGGACCCAUUCGGACAAUUCGCCUGGUUGGACAAGACACUUGCUGAGCUGCAGGAUGCAGGCAGAUUUGCGUACAUUGCUGGUCACAUUGCACCUAUUGUGGACUCGUACGGAGGCAACCCUCAGUGGCAUCCCAAGUACAUUUUUAAGUACAAGAACAUCGUUGGCAAGUAUGCCGAUGUGAUCAAGGCGCAGUUCUUUGGUCACGUACACAGCGUCGAGUUCCGUGUACCCGUGGCAUCACUCGAUGGGCCAACCGGUGAAGACGAUGCCUUCCAACUGCCGCCGAUGUACAUUACGGGCUCGAUCUCGCCGCUUUUUGGCAACAACCCAUCUUUCAUGGUCUGGGACUACGAUAUCGAGACAUACGAGGUGCUAGACUAUGCUGUGUACGCUUCCAACAUCGCUGAGAUCGAGCCUCAACUCGACUGGAAGCUCUUGUUUAAGGCGAGCGAGGCAUACAGUCUCAAGUCGCUAUCUUUGCCCGAGCUCUCGUCCUUUGUGCACCGUGUGGAGCAGAACGCGAGCUUGGUGGAGGAUUACUACUGGAACAUGAAGGCGCGGUCGCCCAAUGCUCGGCCUUGCAAGGACGCAGUUUGCCACGCCAAAACGUUGUGUACGCUCAAGUGGUGGACGACUAAGGACCAGUAUCUGGCCUGCGUUGACACGGCUCAAACGAUGAUGUCUGACAACGACUACACUUCCGUCUCGCCUGUGGCAGCCUCUGGUUCCAGCGCCUCGGACAAUUUUGCAACGAACAACGUGUUGAUGACAAUUGGAGCCACAGCACUAGCGACUGGCGUCGCAGCGUUGUGCGUUUUGUUAACCGUGUUCAUACUCCGACACUUUGGGGUUCUCAAAAGCCGCUCGCAAUACGACUCGGUAGACACGCUUUAGAGCAGUAAAUAUCUUCCAUCUCCUGUCAUCAAAGCAGGAAGGGAAAUAAACUGUAAAGCACCCCUUAACUAACGUUGCUCGGUUGAGUUAUGCAUAUCGGUUAACUCGUUAUUCUGCAUAAUUCACGCUCACAUGAGCUUGAG